AUGGAUCCAGCGAAGUUUGGCAUUUCAACAAUUCCCCUUAACCAUACGUAUUAUGGCCCAGUGACCCCGGAAAGCCUUGCAGGCAAAAACAGUGGCAAACUCGCUGUUGUUACGGGCGCUAGUCGAGGCAUAGGAAGGGCUAUCGCGACAUCUCUUGCAAAUUCUGGUGCCCAUCUUGCAAUCAUAGACUUGGGCUCCCAAGAUCAAUCGGAAACGAAAGCUGCCUGUGAGCGUUACAAUGUCAAAGUCCAGUUAUAUUCAUGCGAUGUUACCGAUGAAGAACAGGUGCAGCAGACCUUCUCGAAAAUUCAACAGGAUCUGGGUCCGAUUGACAUUCUUGUGAACAAUGCUGGUAAGUUUAUGGGCAGACCCAUGUCCAUGGCGAACUUCGGCGACUUCUGGAAGACGGUGGAAACGAACUUCAAAAGCACAAUGCUGUGUACGUUCCAAGUGUUGCCCAUGAUGCGUGAACGAAAAUCCGGUUGCAUCAUCAACAUCGCGUCGAGGGCGGCCACCGUCGACACGCCACUGGGGAUGGGCUACAACUGUGCGAAAGCUGCUGUAGUACGCGCAACAUCGAAUAUCCAGUUGGAGCUUGACGACGACGGGCUCGGCGAACAGAUCCAUACCUACGCCCUUCAUCCAGGAGGCGUCAUGACCGCAAUGGGAGCAGGCAAGUCCAGCGUGUUCCGGACAACCGCCCAUGACCCCGAUAUUGUGGCCAAAUAUCCCGCUCUUGAAACGCAGAAGAGUGAGAUAUUGAAGCUGUUCAAGGAUGGCCCGGAACUCUGCGGUGCAACCUGUGCCUACCUAGCCUCUGGGAAAGCCAAGGCCAUCCGGGGACUGUACUUUGAUUGUCGGCAGGAUAUUGAAAGGGUGUGCGGUGCAGGACGUAGCACCCUCGAAGCGAACGGCCUUUAUAAUCUGAAGGUGGACUUCCUUCAAGGCUAUCGUAACGAACCGUGA